AUGAGCAGAAGUGCCUAUAAGUGUACCGAUCAUCGAUACAAGACUCGAAUAAUUUCACGAACACCGCUGAUUAUUUACAUUGACAAAUUUCUUCUUGACUAUGAGAUUCAGCAUUUAAUUGAACUAACAGAAACUGGACAUCAAACUUCAUCGACAGUAGAUCUCGAGUGUCAAAAAACACCCGUAGUGAAAUGUAUCGCACAACGAUUUGCUCGAUUUCAAGCAACUAUCCGCGUCGAGCACAUUGAGCCACUACGACUCGUCAAAUACACAUCCGAUCAGAAAUACGAACCAUAUGUUGAUUGGUUUCUUGAGGCUGAUCUAGAGAAAUACGGAAGUCAAAGAGUCGCAACAUUUUUUACAUAUCUCUAUGCAAACUGUUCGCAAGGUGAAACCGAAUUUGUCAACGUUCGUUUCAACAAAUUUUUACAUGGCAAAUUUUGUGAUAUAUUGGUUUGUAAUGAAAACUCUCGUGAACUUGGCAUUCGGUUUCGUCCGAUAGCUGGAAAUACUAUUUUUUGGUAUAAUGUCGAUGAACAAGGUCAAGGGGAUGUUUUAACAGCUCGUGCUGAGCAACCACCAGAAAAAGGUGGACUCAAAAUUGGAUUGAAUACUUGGACACAUGUUGAGAAAUUUUUCGUAAAAGUAUGA